CCACACUGAGGAGCCAUGUCGAUAGCACACACUGCUGCUGAGUACAUGCUCUCUGAUGCUCUGCUCCCAGAUCCCAGCAGUUCCCGAGCCAAAGGCCUUCGUCUGGAAUUACCAAGUGACCGCAUUGUGAAGUUUGUUGCUGUGGGGCUGCCCCUGUUCCUUGUGUCCUUGGCUUUUGCUCAGGAGUUUUCCACCGGCUCCAAGAUCAGCUGCUUCUCUCCCACCAAUUUCACGGGGAAGCAGUCUGCCUAUGUGGAUACAUCCUGCUGGGAUUCCUUGACCCACCUCGAAUUUGAUGCUGCUGGAAAUGCUAUUGCCAAAUCCCUGUGGACUCUCAAGGCCUUUCCAUAUUCUCUGCUGGUCAUCGCAGUGGUCAUGUACCUGCCAUACCUGCUUUGGCGGUAUGCUGCAGCCCCAGCGCUGAACUGCGACAUGCUCUUCAUCAUCGAUGAGCUGGACAAGUCCUACAACCGCUCCAUCCGCCUGGUGCAGCACAUGGUGAAGGUGCGGGAGGCCAGCCCAGAGCCUGGGCUCUUCUGGGAGGAGUUUGAGAGGGCUCGCAAGGAGAGAUACUUUGAGUUCCCACUGCUGGAGCGGUAUCUGGCCUGCAAGCAGCACUCGCAUCACCUGGUGUGCACGUACCUGCUGCGGAACCUGCUGCUGCUGCUGCUCCUCACUGCCGCCUGCCUCUACCUGGGUUUCCUCCACGUCACAGGCGUCUUCCAAGAUGAGUUCAGCUGCUCCAUAAAGACCGGGCUUCUGCAGGAUGAGCCCCAAAUCCCUGAUUUGAUCCCCUGCAAGCUGGUGUUCUUCUCUGUUUUCCAGAUCAUUAGCAUCCUGACAGGUGGGGUGUACAUCCUGCUGAUGCCUGUUGUCAUCUACAAUGUCCUGCAGCUGUGCCAGUGGGACAAGCGGCUCCUGUCCAUCUAUGAGAUGCUGCCAGCCUUUGACCUCCUGAGCAGAAAGAUGUUGACCUGUCCCAUCAACGACCUGAACAUCAUUCUCCUCUUCCUCCAAGCUAACAUCUCGGAGGUCAAAUCCUUCAGCCGGCUGAGUGCAGUAUGCACCCUGCGGGAAACCACCUCCAACAAGCAGCACAUUGACACCGUGGUUGACUUUAUGACCCUCUUGGCUGGCCUGGAGAUAUCCAAGCCUAAAUACCAGGCUUGCACAGGAGAGGCUGAUGGAGAUGCACCUCUAACACAGAACAAGGUCUUGGAAAUGAAGUCCACGUUGGAAGCUAAAGGAAAUGCUGGUCCCAAAGCCCUGGCAGCUCUGCCUGACGGCAGGAGCUAGAUGGAGCCUCAACAGCGGAGGGGAGAUUUCUAUGGAAUGAGGAGAAGUUGUUGUGGCAGCUGAGCAUUAUAACCAGUGAUUAAUCCCCAAGCAGAUGCAAGCCACUGGUCCGUGGCCUGGCACUGAUGAGACACCUCUGUGCUCCCUCAGCAGACAUUACUGUGCCUGAACCUGACAUCUCCUCAGUCUUUGUCUAAGGCAUCUUUCAGCUUCCAUUAAACCUGUUUUAUCCAG